AUGACGGUAUUAUCAGAUGAAGAAUGCGAGAAAUGGCUUCAGGAUUUUAUUAACCAGAAGAAGAUGGAUGAGGCAAGCUUUGAGGAAAUGUUGAGUGCUUGGGACAACUGUGGAACAAGGCGGGUAAAGUUCGCUCAUGAAGUGAAAAUGAUAGAAACUCUUUUUCAACCGAUUGCUAAGCUGAUAGAACGUGAAUUGAAGGAUGAUCGAGAUCAGCGUGGGAUUAAAUUGUAUCGAGAGUGGGGUAAGCAGCGCUUAGUUCCUGUAUUUACUUCUUAA